AUGUUGGUUAAUUGUAUCUGGGGUUUUGUGCGCCUUCCGCCCGAAGAAGAAGCUACGGUAGAUCCUGAACACUUGGAAUUCUUGGGAAUCAAGUCUGAGAAUAAGGUCGAAAGACGAGAUUUAUCCCCCUUGACCGAAGAUUUGACAGUGUUCCGGAGGAAUAUCCCUGCACCCGCUGAACUUAGGCCUGUUCUGGGACGAAAAAUCUCUGUGAGUCUGCCGAAAAGCGCGUUUGGUAAGAGAACCAUUUCGUAUCUAUCAUAUGAAAUUGGAGCUGAGGGAAUCAGAGCCAAAUCUAAAAUUGCAAAAGGUGUCAAGAAUCUGCCGGCCCGAACUACUUUCAAGAGUGUACAAUCAUUUCUGGGAAGUCUCAACUACUGCAACAAGUUCACAUAA